UUAUUAAACCAUUGUCCUUAAAAGGAUGCACUGAGCUCGCUUUGAAGUAAAUGAUGUCGCAGAAAACCCACAAUCUUGAACAAAUGGGUAAUUUUAAAUAUAGAAAUAUUACAUCACACCGGGAACAUAUAUAUACGCAACUGCAGCAAAGUUUUCAUCAAGCUAUAGAGUUGGAAGAGCUACAAGCUGUCAAGGAACAAGUUACUGGUAAGGAGCGGAACUAAAAUUUGUCCUAAGUUUUUUGAAAUCCAAACACUUAAUUAAUUAUCACAUAAGGAGCGGAAAGCUCAAGUUGUCAAAAUUUGCUACUAUUGAUUAAGUAUUUAAAGAUUUUUCACCAUGAAGUACUAUUUUCACUACAAGUUUAUUUUAAACAUCUCUCUGCAGAUUAAUUUACUGGAACCCAACUAAUUUUUACAAUAACUAUUUUGUUUUAAAGGUGUUUUGAAAAUUUGAAAAGUCACGAUCAACUAUCAGAAUGGUAAGUAGUUACAGUACUUUGCUGAAAUUGUAGAUGGCCGUUGUUAACUCUUAAUUUUAUGAAUGCCUGACAGAAUAGCAGAAAGACGUCGUUGUUCACUAAAAGGGGAACCUGACUGACAUCCUCGGCCAGGCUUUUUUCAGGCAUGGGAAUGAUUAGGAAUGAUCAAAGCAUCGUUAUUUAUUUGAGGAAGCAGAAUGUUUACAAAUUUCGCUCUCAUUUCCCCUAGCUUAUUAGAAAAUCAUAGUGUAAUUAUCAAUAUUUCAACAUUAGCUCUCUUAGAUACCAACUUUGGUUUUAAUUUUCUCCAUUUCGAUUGAACAAAAAUGCUUCAUUUUUGGAAUUUGUGUCCAGUUUGAGAGUACAUUUCAAAUAAGCAAUUUUAUACGCCUGGCCAAUUUUUGACUUAAUAGCAGUUUUGAUACCUUAAUUAGGUUUUUUAGAUUAUUAAUUUUAUUCCUUAUGGUCUCUUCAUACAGUCUAUGUCAGGGGUACAACUCGAUGCUGAAAUCAACGGUUUGUUUAAUGAUAUGAAGUUGAGAAGCACACACAAGUUUGCAUUCUUUAAAAUUGAAGGAAAGAAGAAAAUUGUUGUUGACGUGUGUGGUGAUCCAUGCUUAACAGAAGCAAAAGAAGAAGAUGAGGCACAGUUUAAUAAAAUGAAGGAGCAACUCAGCAAAGAGCCACGAUAUAUUUUGUAUGAUUUUGGAUUUACGAAUAAGGAUGGCCGGAUAAUUAAAAAGUUGGCAUUCAUCUUUUGGUGAGUGAGGUUGUCUCUGCAUUUUUAAUUAGUGACCGGGCAUAAAAUUUUCCUUUAGUCUCAAGACAUUUUAGGCUGGAUUUUACUUGUUCAACAGAGUCAGAGUUGAAAGAACAUUUUAUUUUCAAAAUAAGUUAUUAACCUAGUGAAAAUCAAAACUCUGAGACGUAAGCGGAGUUAUAAGUGCAACAGAAUACUUCGUCGCUCGCUUUCGCUCGCUUCGCCAGCGUCACCUCGCGCCUUCGGCGCUCACGCAGUCGACUUAUGGCAAGUCUACAGAAUUGCUUGUCUGCGUGGCAGAAAGGCGCGCGAGGAGGAAUGUAAGGAACGCCUGCAAGGACGGUAUGGUCUUUUCCAUUUUCACAUCUACGAGAGAGAUGUAAAAUUAAUGAAUACCUUAACUAACGGUAACAGAUGGUUAGACGUUUACAGUUGCGUCAUCUUUGCAUACAUAAUAGGGACUUUAAGAUCCAACGACGCGACGGCGACAAGAACGUCGCUUAAAAGGUGAAUUUGCGUUAUUUCAGUCUUUAUAGCGAUUAUUCCUAUCGACUUACUUUGUCAAUUGUAGGCGAACCCUCCUGAAGCUGAAUUUCAAGGGACCAAAUUCAAGCUCAGAAAGAGAAAAAAAAUUUGUCUUUGCUUGUUUACGUCCUCCAUAAAACGCGAAAUUAGGCAUGUUCACGUCGCCGUCGAGCAAAAACUGGAAAGAAAUGUACAAAAAAGUGUGAUGCACGUGCGAAGUUGUUGUUUUGCUAAUUAAACCAAUUGUUUUUUUGACGUUCUCGUUGUCGUCCGCGUCUUUGGAUCUUAAAGUCCCUAAUAAGUAGGCGGGAUGGUGACAAUAAUGGCGCUCUUGCAGGCGUUCCCCACCCUCCCACCCUCCCUAAAAUUCCCUUCCCCUUCCCCUUUCGAACACCUGACACGCAGGCUGCAGAACUGGAGUCAGAAUAAUCCGAACAUUUCUAUUUUCUUCUGACUCUGCUUAUGAAUCCAUCACUUACGACCCACUGAAAACUAGAUUGUGGGAGGAAAAAAACCGGAGAACCCGAAAAAAAACUUCUCCGUGCAAGGUAGAGAACCAAGAACUAAACCAACCAACAUACUGAGUCGACGCCGGGAUUUAAACCUGGACCACAUUGGUGGGAGGUGUGUGCUCUAACCACUGCUCUCACCAUAAAGCCACCCUUGCUCCCUGAAUUGAUGUAUGCAUUCAUCAAGAGAUUAUUAAAUCAAAAAUGUGUUGGGUACAUCUCUUUAGCUUUAGUUUGUAUGAUGGAGUACACUCUUUUUACCUGGUUCUCAUUUCUCCUUAGGGACUGUUUAUAUGAGGUGAGCCAGCCUGGCCUGCUUUACCAUGCUGGCUCGGCUCAUGCCUUGUUUCCUUGCAAAAUUGUUGUUGUGUUUAUAUGAGAAGGCCGGCUGGCCCGCUUGCUGAGAUCUUCCUUCAAGCAACCACGAUCGUGGCAAACGGGGCAGCCGGCCUUCUCAUACAACACAGCAACAAUUUUAUAAGGAAACAAGGCAUGAGCCGAGCCAGCCCGUUUCAUCUCAUUUCCCUUUUUCUCUUUAGGUGUCCCGAUGAUACAACGAUUGGAGACAAAAUGAUAUACGCAUCUUCGAAAGACACCAUCAAAAAGUCCUUCUCUGGUUUAUCACUGGAAUUCCAAGCAAACGAUUCGGGUGAUAUGGAUUACGCAGCUUUUAGCGACGAAGUGGAAAAAAAAGCUUAAUAGAUAGUUUGAAGCCCAGCCUUAACACUCAGAGUGACUCCAUAAGUGCUAAACCCUUUGUUUAACUUGCAGCAUAUUUCUAUAUGUUACUUUUCUUUUUAAUGAACUAUUGUUUUUCUUGUAUUUAUAGAACAUUCACACUGUAUUUUUUUUACUUGAUAAUGACGUCCGAGAACGUCGAAACGUCGUAUACUUUUUAACCUUUUUAACAAUUUCUUGAAUGUUUUUAAGAAAAGUUUUUUUUUCACAAUUUUUAAUAGCUAAAGAAUUAAUUAAAACCUUUUAAUACCGAGUAACUAAUGUCGUAACUUGGCAUUCGUGAAAAAAAAAAGCAGUAAACAGUGUUUAUCUUCCUGCCAAACAUGCACUAUUUUUUAUAAGAACGCCCAUUUUUGAGUUAAGCCUGGACCGUUCUUAUUUUCUGGGCAGUUUCAGCCUAGAAAUGUGCUUUCGGGUGUUCUUAAAUUUCAAUAACGGAAAUCUGACAUAUAGACUUACAGUAUGGCGGCAAGAUAAGAUAAUGAUUAUAGUUUUUAUAUUAAUAAAUUGUACAAGUACAAUGCAUGUGUUGAAAGAACAAAAUUUUGCCUGCACUCUUCAUGUAGAACAUUGUAUGGUAAUUCAGAUUCUCGGGAUUUAGGAAAGUAAAAGCAGUG